AUUUCCUUAACUUUUUACUUCCUUUAUCAAUUUAUCUAUAAUUAUGGAUCACUUUCCUUCUAACUGGGGUAAACCUCGCAAUGAAAAUGUAGAUCAAUAUAAUACUGUUCCUUUACACAAGACACUUCCUGAUGGAUUAGCUCAAAGUGCUUACGGCCCAACUACUAGAACUCAACAACCUUUGAUUACUGGUACAUCAGUUAUUGCUUUCAAGUACAAAGAUGGUAUCAUGAUGGCUGCUGAUAUGCUAGGUUCUUACGGUUCAUUGGCUCGAUUCCGUGAUAUUCAACGGUUAUAUCCUGUAGGUGAGAAAACCAUUGUAGGUGCUUCUGGUGAUCUCUCAGACUAUCAAUACAUACAACACAUCUUGGAUUCACUUAUGACCAAAGAACACUGCGCUGAUGAUGGUCAUGUUCUAGGCACUUCAAACAUAUACGAAUACCUCUGGCGUGUUAUGUAUAAUCGACGAUCAAAGUUUAAUCCUCUUUGGAACUCUCUUGUUGUUGGUGGUAUUGAUAAAGGUGAAAGAUUCUUGGGCUAUGUUGAUUUACGUGGCACUACCUAUCAAACAACAACCAUUGCUACUGGAUUUGGAUCUCAUUUGGCACAACCUAUCUUAAGAAAACGAGUAGAAGGCCGAGAAGAUGAAAUCACAGAAGAAGAAGCUAUCCAAAUUCUCGAGGAUUGUAUGCGUGUAUUGUUUUACAGAGAUGCCAGAUCUCUCAACAAGUUUCAACGUGGUAAGAUCACAGAAGCUGGAUUGGAAAUCAGUGAGCCUUAUGCUUUGGAAACGGAAUGGGGAUUUGCCGAAGGUAUCAGAGGGUAUGGUGCUUAGAUCAUUCCUUUUAGUUUAGUUUAGUUUCAUUUAUACUUUGGAUGAUCGAAAUAAAGUCUUGUAUUUUUUUUUUUUUGACCAUUCUAAC